GCUGCAGGAGCAGCCCAGGGGGGCUGGAGUUUUCCUGGGUCAUGCCACGGCUCUCUGUGGCUGUCACUUGGGGCAGAGCUCGUGACAAGGACGUCCGUGUGUCCCGCAGGGAAGGAGCUCCCUGGAGAGGCUGAUACAGGGGAGCGGCCGGAUGAAGCCGGGAGCUGCUGGUGGGUGAGAGACCCCCGAGCUCUGCAUGGAUGGGAAUGGGGAGAGCUGCCCGCAGUAGGAGCCCAGGGCAGCUGGAAACCCCCGGCCUCUUCCUCCCAGCUUUCCUGCUCCUCUUCCUCUGCAGGCAUGUCUCCUCCCAGUGCAAGAUCCUCCGCUGCAACUCGGAGUACGUGGCGGCCACGCUGCAGCUGCACGGGCCCGAGCGCGGUGCCGCGUUCUGCAGCGCGCUGCGCUCCUACUCGCUGUGCGCGCGGCGCACCGCCCGCACCUGCCGCGGCGACCUGGCCUUCCACUCGGCCGUGCACGGCAUCGAGGACCUCAUGAUCCACCACAACUGCUCCAAGGAAGGCCCCACGGCCCCGCCGCGGCCCGCGGCGCCCAACCCGCACGGCUUCGAGGCGCUCGACGUCUGCGACUACGAGAGGAGCUUCCUCUACAAGCACGGCCGGCCGCCCGGCUUCCAGCACUGCGCCGCUUUUGGGGACCCCCACAUCCGAACGUUCCACCACGACUUCCACACGUGCCGCGUGGAGGGCUCCUGGCCGCUGCUGGACAACGAGUACCUGUUUGUGCAGGCCACCAGCUCGCCGGUGGCCAAGGGGUCCAACGCUACGGUCACCAGCAAGCUGACCAUCAUCUUCAAGAACAUGAAAGAAUGCAUCGACCAGAAGGUCUACCAGGCCGAGCUGGACAACGUCCCCGCGGCAUUCCAGGACGGCUCCGUCAACGGCGGCGCGCGCCCCGGCGGCAGCAGCUUGGCCAUCCGGGAGCGCAGCCCCGGCCGGCACGUGGAGAUCCGCGCCGCCUACAUCGGCACCACCAUCGCCGUGCGCCAGGCCGGCCGCCAGCUCUCCUUCUCCAUCCGCGCCGCCGAGGAGGUGGCCAGGGCCUUCACAGAGGAGCAGGACCUGCAGCUGUGCGUGGGAGGUUGCCCCCGCAGCCAGCGCAUGUCCCGCAGCCCCCGCGGGCGCGGCCGCGUCCCCGCGGAGACGGCGCGAGCGCUCUGCCGGGAGAUGCUGCCCGUGGAGGAUGUCUACUUCCAGUCGUGCGUCUUCGACGUGGUCACCUCGGGGGAUGUCAACUUCACCAUGGCAGCGCACGGGGCGCUGGAGGAUGCCCGGCUCUUCCUGCCCGACGCUGAGAAGCUUCACAUCUUCCAAGCUGGAGGAGGCUGCCAACUCAGCUCUCCGUCGUUGCUCCUCCUCCUCUUCCUCCUCCCAUGUGGACUUUGGGCUGUUUUGUUGCACUUUUAAUCUGCCUGUUCCAGGGGUACCUGGAAGAAUCUUGGGGUACUUGGAGGAAUUUUGUGGUCCAAGAGGUAUCUGGAAGGAUCUUGUGGCCCAUGGGUUUCCCAAAGGAAUCUUGUGGUCCAAGGAGUACCUGGAGGAAUCUUGGGGUACCUGCAGGAAUCUUGUGGUCCCUUGAGAGCUGCUGGCUCCAAGCUGCAGCCAGGAGAGGUUCCUCACCUUGAAGGAGGUGUCUCAGAGACCCAGGAGAGGGAAAAGGUGACCCCUGGUUUGCACCCACUGGUCUCACACGGAUGGUGAAGCUGCCCCCAGCUCCUCUCGUGAGGAAGGCAGAUCCAAAUUUUUCCGUUCCAUUCUGACACGUUCCUUUUCCCCUAAGGAUGUGACAGUGCCUCAAAGGAAAAUAAACCCCCUGGGUUAGAAAGCCCCUCUGUCCCUCAGAGCCUUUCCAUAACUCACUUCCCACCUUUCCCCCAUGCUAAUCCAGCAGAAUUCCACUCAGGAGCCCUAUAAAUCCAGAAAUAAUGGACUCAAAGCCCAAAGCCCAAUUUUCAGCAAUAAUUUUCUUUUUAAUGGAUUUGGGACUUUUCCUUCAGCUGCUCCCAAAGCAGAGCAAGGCCACAAAUCAUUUUGGGGAGCGUGGUGACCAAGAGGGAGAAAUCAGCUGGGUUUUUUUGAGUGGAAAUCAGCCGGUUUUGUCCAUGUGUUCCUCUUCCAGGAUAAAUAACAAGUGGAUCUCCAGCAGUGGGAGCUGUGGAGCUUGGGACCUCCUACAUCCCAGGCCACUGUUGCUAUUUUUCCUUGUUUUCUUGGCACCUGUCGUGGACUGAUUUUAGCCGGGUCUGGACUUGGGACCGGUGUCAGGUUUUAGAGAGGACAAAACACCGCUUGGGAAUUCUCUCCCUUGGGCCCAGAUUCUCUGUCGCUGCUGAAAUCCAACCCAGACUGAUUGGAAAAACAGAAUUCCUGAUGGCAAAGAGCCAGCUGGGCACACAGACGGGCAGGGCACUUCCCCGUGGAAGGUGCAGAACUGCACAGGGGAGGGCAAAUUUCACAUAUUUCUGAGGAUUUCACUAAAGCAGAUGGAGUUCUACAGGAGAAAUCUUUUCCUUAAGGAAGACUUUCCUUUAUUUUUAAUAAAGUAUUACAAACUUG